AUGCUGUCGCCCUGGGCCCUUGUGCUCCCCCUGCUGCUCCCUUGGGUGGCAGGUGGAUUAGAGAAUGCGGCCAGUCCAAGAGAUCAUGUGUUGUUGGCACCAGCACUCCAACCUGGGGUCUGUCGCUAUGGAACCAAACUGGCCUGCUGCUAUGGCUGGAGAAGGAGCAGCAAGGGAGUCUGUGAAGCUACAUGUGAACCCGGCUGCAAGUUUGGUGAGUGUGUGGGACCAAACAAAUGUAGAUGCUUCCCAGGAUACACCGGGAAAACCUGCAGUCAAGAUGUGAACGAGUGUGGAGAGAAACCCCGGCCAUGCCAACACAGAUGUGUGAACACUCAUGGAAGCUACAAGUGCUUUUGCCUCAGCGGCCACAUGCUCAUGCCAGAUGCCACAUGUGCCAACUCUAGGACGUGCGCCAUGACAAACUGCCAGUACAGCUGUGAAGACACAGAGGAAGGGCCGCGGUGUCUGUGUCCAUCCCCGGGACUCCACCUGGCCCCAAAUGGAAGAGUUUGCAUCGAUGUCAAUGAAUGUGCUUCUGGCAAAGCCGUCUGCCCCUACAAUCGAAGAUGUGUGAACACAUUUGGAAGCUACUACUGCAAAUGUCAUGUUGGUUUUGAACUGAAAUAUAUCAGUGGCCGAUAUGACUGUGUAGAUAUAAAUGAAUGUGCUGUGAAUACCCAUACGUGCAGCCUCUAUGCCAAUUGCCUCAAUACCCAAGGAUCCUUCAAGUGCAAGUGCAAGCAGGGAUAUAAAGGCAGUGGACUUCAGUGUUCUGUUAUCCCUGAAAAAUCUAUGAAGGAAGUCCUCAAAGCCCCUGGUACUAUCAAAGACAGAAUCAAGAAGUUGCUUGCUCACAAAAACAGCAUGAAAAAGAAGGUAAAAAUAAAAAAUAUCAUCAUAGAACCUGCUGGUACUCCUGCCCCUAAGGGUAACUUGCAGCCCUUUGACUCUGAAGAGAGCAUUUCCAGAGAUGGGAACCUGAAUGGAGGAAAAAAAGAGAAUGAGAAGAGAAAGAAAGAGGGGCUAGAGGAAGAGAAAAGAUAUGAGACAGCCCUGAAGAACCAUGUAGAGCAUGAGCAAAGCCUUCGAGGAGAUGUGUUUUCCCCUAAGGUGAAUGAAGCGGGUGAAUUUGGUCUGGUUCUGGUCCAAAGAAAAGCCGCAACAUCCAGACUGGAACACAGAGAUUUAAACAUCUCAGUUGACUGCAGCUUCAACCAUGGGGUUUGUGAUUGGAAACAGGAUAUAGAAGAUGAUUUUGACUGGAGUCCUGCUGAUGGAGAUAAUGCUGUUGGCUACUAUAUGGCAGUUCCAGCCCUGGCAGGUCAUGAGAAGGACUUUGGCCGACUGAAGCUUCUUCUCCCUGACCUGCAACCACAAAGCAAUUUCUGUUUGCUCUUUCAUUACCGGCUGGCUGGAGACAAAGUAGGGAAACUUCGAGUGUUUGUGAAAAAUAGUAACAGUGCCCUGGCAUGGGAGGAGACCAAAGGUGAGGAUGAAAGGUGGAAGACGGUGAAAAUUCAGUUACAUCAAGGGAUUGACAAUACCCAAAGUAUCAUUUUUGAAGCAGAACGUGGCAAGGGCAACACCGGAGAGAUUGCAGUAGACGGUGUGGUGCUGGUGUCAGGCUUAUGUUCAGACGGCCUUUUAUCAGUGGAUGCGUGA